UUGGAAGCUCGUCUCAGUUUCAAACAGUUGCUCGCAUCGAAAGGUCCAACACGACUGAAGUUCCUUCCUUCCUUCCGAAAAUGUGGCGGUCACGCGCUGCUCCUAUCGUGGAGCUAGUUUUUCUUACAACUCUAUUCCUUGGAGACGUAAAUUCCUUGAUUUGCACUCGUCGUCCAGCCAAUACGGCCACGCCCAAAUCCCCCGUUGAUGAAAAUUACGUGAUAAGCGUGUCGGGUAAUCCGGAAACAUACAUUCUCGGUCAGGAGUACAACGUGUCCCUAAAUGCAUUCAAUGGACAUCGCUAUAUCAGCUUCAUUCUGGCUCUGGAGAACGAGGACGGGGACUACAACUAUAACGAUGAUCUGGGACGGUUCGAGCUCAGUGAUACUAUAGAAACCCGCUUCAGUCCCAAUUGCAUUAACAUGGUGGAGAACACCAAUACAAAUCCCAAAACCCACAUGCAUCUCACAUGGGUGGCACCCACAAAUCCCGAAAGUGGUUGCGUCCUGAUACGGGCCACCGUUCUCCAACAUCGCGAGGUGUGGCACAUGGACGACGGAGGAUUAACUCGACGCAUCUGCCCAGAGACCACAGACGAUGUAGAAAGUCAACCGUCGGCAACUUCUGUUGAGGCUCCAUGUUGUGCCUGCGACGAAGCCCGCUAUGAGCUAAUCUUCGAGAGCGUUUGGUCGCGAAAUCUCCAUCCGAGGUAUUUUCCUGCUCGUACCUGGGAGACACGAUUCUGUGAGUUGGUUGGAGCGGCCCACAGCGCCGACUAUCGUUUCUGGGAGGCCGGAGUUCUGGCCAGUGAGGCUAUGAAGCAAUAUGCAGAGCACUGUAGCUCUCGUCUGUUAGAGCGAGAGUUUAGUAAUAACUUCAGGGAUCAAAAGAUACGAACCAUAAUCAAGGCGCGAGGUCCCUCAUUUCCAAACAUAAACAGCAGAACCUCAGCUUCAGUUAGGGUAGAUCCAUUGCAUCACAUGGUCUCCUUUGCGUCCAAGAUUGAACCAUCGCCUGAUUGGAUAGUGGGUAUUAGUGGCUUGGAGCUUUGUUUGCGAAACUGCACCUGGUUGGAUGAGAAGGUUAUCCAGUUGUAUCCCUGGGAUGUAGGCACAGAUGCGGGGCCCAGCUAUACGUCACCCGAUCAGCCCCAGGUUCCGCCGGAUGUUAUUAGACGCAUGCGCUCUGACUUCCCCAAUGAUCCACGUUCACCUUUCUAUGAUGAAGACGGAGAUCCCAUGAAGCCCAUGGCCUAUCUGACAGUGAAGCGUCAGCGCAUUUAUGAGAGGCGAUGUGCGGAUGAGGAUUCUAACAAUGAGGCGGAUGUUCCAAGAGAAUGUCUUACACAUCCCUGGUCGGGAUGGAGUGACUGCUCCUCAAAGUGUGGCACUGGCAUGCAGUAUAGGAGGCGGGUCUACAAACAACCGGAGCUGGCGAAGAUCUACAACUGCAAUGUUCCUCAGUAUGAGGAGCGCGAAUGCCAGGGCGAGAUGUGUGGCCAGAACAGUCUAAUGAGGAACGUCGACGAGUUCGAACCAGAACUAGACCCAGGAGACGCUAGACCCCAUCAAGAAAUCGGCAGAAACGUCUAUCAAUCGCCGCAGCAGGGUCGAGCCGAAUGUCAGCUAGGUUCUUGGAGCAUUUGGGGUCCCUGCAGCGUCACCUGCGGCAGUGGCUACGAGACGCGCCAGCGACAGUAUCUCAAUCCUCAAUCGGAGGCCAAAUGCCAGAGUGUUCAUCGCGCAAGACUUCAGGAAUCGCGACCUUGCUCGGGAAGAGCGUGUCUGGGAAAUCUACCAGGAUCCUAUAAUGGCGAGGAGGAAAAUCCAUACGGAGAAAUUUCCCCUGGGCGUGGUGGAGGCAACAUGUAUGGACCACAGCCCGAGAGGGAGGUGGAAUCUUUCGGGGACUACGAUGAAGCUCCGGUAGAUCAAAGUCGUGGCUUAGGUGGCUUCGAGGUGAGUAACCUGAAGGGCAGCAGUGACUCCUGGGGGAUCAAUAGACAGUCAGAACGACAAACCAAUCUUGGACGGAAUCCGCAGUCCUACCAUAACCCACCGGCCAGAACUGAGCGCCCCACUUGGCAGCGUCCCGAAGAUCCGCGUUUGGAGAAUAUGGCGCGUAGUGCCUGGCAGAGUCCAAGGUCCCAAAACGAGCAUAUUCAAGAGCAGGCUCCAUGGCAGAGAAAUGCAGGAAACAUUGAAAAAGAUACCUGGCAACGAGAAAGGCUCGGCAAUCCCCAUAACCGAAAGCAUGAUGAAAGCUUCGACACUCCUGAAGGGGAUUCCCCACGGGAUCCAUGGUCAAGGCAGAAAACCUACAAUCCCCAGGACGUGUAUGCCUCUGGCGGAGAAGGCUUAGAUCCCUCACUGGUCAACAAAUGCUUCCAGAUGCUACAAACUGGGCAGUCUCGAUGUUAUAAUCAAACAAUUAUUGGCAAUUUCUGGUUCUACAACUUUUGUGCAGACGAAUGCAUGCUUUUCGCCGCCGAUAAGUGCGAUCGAAAUAUUAAUAAGUUUAGACGAUGGGAGGAGUGCCAAAAGUGCCGGCUGCCGGAGCUUUCAUCAUUACAGCGACAAAAUGCAGAAUCUCCGGAAUGUCAGAACCUACGAGAAAGCUUGGAAGCAGAGCCAAGAUCCAGGGAAGAGCAACGUAGCCAGAAUAGAAGACGAAAUUAUAAUGGUUAUAGGCAAACUGGUAGGAAUAAAGUGAAUAAUUAUUAAUAAAAAAGUUCCGCGCCAUAAAUUCAAAAUUACUAUCGAAUCGUUUGUGACGUUACGAACAGUGUGCCCAGUUUAUUUAUUUUAAGUUAAAUAUUGUCAUCAAACAAUAAAAUAAAAUUUAUUUGUGCUUUGUGUAA